CAGCAGCAGAGGCAGCAGCAGCGGGUAUGGAGGGUGUGAAACAUGGCUCGUCACGGAAAUAAGUAACGGGACCGAGGGACGCUGUUAUUUAAACCGAGGAGGACGCCAGAAAGUACCGCGAAAAAAGAAAGAAAGAAACCGAGAUACAUCUAAAGUCGGAGCCACGCGUUUCAGUGUUGAUGUUGGUGUUUGGACGCGAAUACCUGCCGAAAAUAAUCCCGACGACCUUUAUUGAGACUCCUCUGUCCUGUGUGACCCCCCUGACACAGAGAGGAUGGUGAUGGAGGAGGGGGGGCAGAGAGACAGAGAGAGGAGAGCUCCAGCGACGGCGCAAGCAGAGGAGAGGCGGAUUUUCCUGGAGCUCGGGGAGCAGAACUUUGAUGCCAUUUGUCUGUCAACAUAUCGAACAGCCUGCAAGCUCAGAUUUAUACAGAAGAGAUGCAACUUGCAUCUCAUUGACAUUUACAAUGUGAUCGAAGCGGUGCGGGAUGCUGGUCUAAACGCAGUAGAGCUGAAUGCUGGCAUCUCUGUGACCAGACUGGAGAACCUCGUGUCCUCUCUGUUCAACCAGCUCAGCAAACGCCUGCCCACCACACACACCAUCAACCCGCAGCAGAGCACCGUCCUGCUGGUCGAGUUCUUACUGGCUGCCAUCGAGUGUGAGCCGGACAGCCGUCUGACAGUUUUCUCUGUAAAGGCGAUGCUGGCCACUCUGUGUGGAGGGAAGCUGGUGGAUAAACUCCGCUAUGUGUUUUCUCAGGUAUCUGACCCCAAUGGUGUAUUGGUACUGUCCAAGUUUGAUCAAUUUCUGAGGGAGUCUCUCAAGCUGCCCACUGCCGUAUAUGAAGGACCUUCCUUUGGCUACACACAAACCUUAGCACACUCCUGCUUCCCCCAACAGAAGAGAGUGAUGCUCAACAUGUUCCUGGACAUUGUGGCUGACCCUCCUCAGUGUCUCAUUUGGCUGCCUCUGAUGCACCGCCUGGCCAAUGUGGAGCAUGUCUAUCAUCCCGUCUCGUGCUCUUACUGUCGGAGCAACGGCAUGACGGGCUUCCGCUAUCGCUGCCUCCGUUGCCGCGGUUACCAGCUCUGCCAGAACUGCUUCUGGCGUGGCAACACCAGCGGCUCGCACAGCAACAAGCAUCAGAUGAAGGAGCACUCUUCCUGGAAGUCACCGGCGACAAAGAUCGGUCGAGCCCUGAGCAGGACUCUGGGCUGCGUGUCGUCUAGGGAGCCGCCACACCCAAUUUACCCAGAAGAACCCGAGAGGACCCUUAACCUCGCCAACAUAGUACCAUCGAGACCCGCUGGGAACACCAGUGAAGCCAUGCUGCUGUCUUCAUCAGCUCGCGAGUCCUCGAAAAGCUUGGCGGCGGCUCAGCGAAUGAACGAGGAGCACGCUCUGAUCGCUUCAUAUGUGAAUCGCCUCCAGGGCAGCCCGCGUGUUGACAGCCCCAGCAGGCAAGACGACGAGCACAAACUGAUCGCUCGCUACACCACACGACUGGCAGAGACCGAAGGCACAGGAGUGAUCCCGACGCGGAGCAUCAACUUUGACGCGAACAAACAGAAGAGGGAGCUCAUUGCUCAGCUGGAGUCUAAAAACAGAGAGAUCUUGGCAGAGAUCAAACGUCUCCGUGCAGAGCAUGACGCAGCGUGCCAGCCCAGCCCGGAGAAGGGCAGCACCAACCCGACUCUGCUGGCCGAGCUCCGUCUGCUCAGACAGAGGAAAGACGAACUGGAGCAGAGGAUGUCGUCGCUGCAGGAGAGCAGGAGGGAGCUGAUGGUGCAGCUGGAAGGACUGAUGAAGCUGCUCAAGGAUGAGGAACAGCGACAGGCAGCGCAGGCAGCCGGCUCUUCUCACUCCUCUCCCUCUCGGCCGAGCCCGUCAGCCGUCCGCUCUGUAGGUGCUGUACCCUCCCAGACACACAUGUAUCCUCCUCAGGACUCCCUCGCUGGGGUGGGAGGUGAUGUACAAGAGGCUUUUGCUCAAGGCCCGAGGAGAAACCUGAGAAACGACCUCCUGGUUGCAGCCGACUCCAUCACCAACACCGUGUCCUCGUUGGUCAAAGAGCUUCACUCAGAUGACAGUCGGGAGGAGGAGGAGAGAUUGCUGAAUGGGAAGGAAAGAGCAGGUUAAAAUGCUGACAGGACACAAUGUUAAAAGUGGAGUCAUGUUUCAUCACGGCCAAAGAAGACUGACUGAGUACAUCUUCAGAUAUUCGUUUUUAGCCGACGGGGAGGGGAAGAGCUCCUCUUCCCAAUCAACCAAUCACGAUGCUGGACACCAAACGGCCGCUGGGUCACUACUGAUGUAUAGCUGUGAUUCUGUGUGCGUCUGUUCACUGUGAUUUUACUUUUGUUUUGAUUAUUUUUGAUUUGAUCACGCAUAGCUAAAUGAGGAAUCUGAAACCUACUGAUCUGUACUGUAGCAUGUGUGUGCGCUCAGCAUUUUUCUUUUUUUUCUUUUUUAAGCCACGAGUAAGGUUCGAGUAAGUGAGAAGAAAGAUGUUUGUAAAGGUGUAAAGAGCAUGAAAGCUUCAGGAUGAGGAAGGAGAUAAAGCAUGUAACAUAUGAGGUGGAGGAAGAGGAGAAGUCAAAGACUAGAGGCGAGCUGUAAAGUUUUAAGAUUUGGCACUGUGUGCUUAGUAUUUAUUGCUUUAAUUUGUUGAGGUUUUUUGGCAUUUAUUCUUUCGGUUUGAUUGUUUUUGUGUGUACGAGUGUCGUCGGGUCCUGCUGAGACGAUAAGCUUUAAUGGGAUGUCUACUGCUGCGUCAAGUCCGGCAGAGUGGAGAGUUAAAGUCCUGGUGUCUAAAAGCAAAAUAUAAAAAAACACAGGCUGUAUGUAAAAGAUGGACAUUGUGUCACCGCUUUCUUCCAUUGUACAAAAUCUAGAAAAUAUUGUGGAAAAGGGGAAAAUCUUCAGCUUAUGGCUUUCUAGUUCAGCAUUAUUUGCAGCUGCUCUCUCUGCUCUGUCUAGAUGGCUGAAAAGCUGCAGUUCCAACUUCACAGCAAAAAUAAGCAUGUUUACAGCCUCUUUUAUUCUCUAUAGCAACCAUACCCAUUUAAGACAGCUGUACAUGGGGUACCAUUUCAAUAAAGCACCUACUUGAACUAUAUUGAGCCUUUCAGUUUGGUGUUGCUGUGCUGUUAACUGUGCUAAAAGCCUGUGCAAAGAAACCUGUGCUCCAGCUUUAGCAAGUGAAGUUCUAGUAUUCUAAGUAGCAGGUAUGAGUCUUUAAAUUGCCCUCAUACAGUCUGUGGAUACAGUGCACCAUUUCAUCUGAAUAUGGUGACUUCUAGCUCCAAAAAAAUGAAGAUGAAGAUGGCUCAAAUGCAAAAAAACCCCACAAGGCUUAAAAACCGCUUCCAUGUCUCUGAACUGAUUUGCUGGCUGAUCUUGGUCACACAUCAAAUCCCUCAGAGACUGCUGCAUGUUGUCCAUCUUUCUAUACAGUCUGUGUGUGAAACCUGCCGGUAAUGAUAGCAGCUCAGGGUGUUCAGGCCUCCCUGUGUAUCCUGGUACUGCAGUGUGUGUAACUUCAACAGGGUCAAUUUUACUAAAGAGUAGCAAAGUUGAAAAUACUUACACCCAGCAAAUGAACAGUUAAACAUCAUAUCAACAUAUUGUAUGAGCAGUUUUGCCGGACAUUUCUGUAGCUUUUUGCUUUUCCAUGUGAAAAUCUGGAUACUUUUACAUCAUCAAGAUGAAGUCUGCCUCUUAUGAAGGGUUAUAAGUGCUUUGAUUUAAGUCAGAAAGUUUGAGAAGACAUAGAGGGGAGAAAAAGUCCCCGUUGCUCUGACUGAACCACACAGGAAACUGUUUUUACUUUAACUUUACUUCAAAUCAAAGACAUCAGAAGGGAUUUAUUUAAAAUAUUCAAAACAAUCCAAUCCUUUGCUACUUUUUACUGCCUUUUAGAGCUUCCUCCAAAAUGCAGGGGAUUUACAGGAGUCGAACUUCUCCGCCCAUCAACCCCAAAAAUUAUGUCUGUAUUCAAAUCCAAAGAGAUUUUAUUUUAUCCACAGCAUGUUUUUAAACACCUGUACAGGUUGUUGGUUUGUUCUCUUUACUGUUUUAUACGUUUUCAGUUCGGUUUCCCUCAGCUUUCAUCAGCCCUCCAGGUUGUUUGACUGACUUACUGCGACUGGGAUUAUCACUUUUCGAGUCUGCCAAAUGAUUGACUGACUGUGUGAGUGAGUUAAUAAAUACAUGAGCUCAUGUUUCGGUGCGUGCAUGUGUGUGUGAGAAAGUAAGUGAGUGAGAGAAAUUGAGUGCGACAGGUCAGGCGCGUCCUGACAUGAAGCUGUAAACACCUUCAGCUCUGAGCCUGCUGGAGCUGAUGGUGUGAGUGAUAAGUGUGCAUCUGUGUUUGAUCUGCAAUAAAUAGUAUUUAACAUCAAA